AUGACUUCUAGUUUUGAAAUUGUUUUUGCUGUUCCAAUGGAAUGUAAUGCAUGUGUUGAUUCAGUUGCCAACAAAUUGAAAGAUUUAACCGGAAUCUCUAAAUUUGAUAUCAAUUUAAAAAAGAAUUUGGUAACUACUGAAGGUAAUGAACCACCAAGUGAAAUUGUUAAAGCUAUACAAAGUACUGGACGAGAUGCAAUAAUAAGAGGUACUGGUAAACCAGAUUCUGCUGCUGUUUGUAUAUUAGAAUCAUUUGAUCCAAAAGAUAUUAAACAACCAGUUAAAGGAUUAGCUAGAAUUGUUGGAGUUUCACCAUCCGAAAUUUUUAUUGAUUUAACCGUCAAUGGAUUAACAAAGGGUACAUAUUAUCCAUCAAUUCGUCAAUCUGGUAAUUUAUCACAAGGUGCAUUAUCUACUGGUGAAUCAUUUUAUAUUUUAGAUCCAAUUGAAGUUAAUAAACCAAGUACAUUUUCAACUACAAUAGAUUCAUUAGGUGCAUUUUCAAAUACUACAGAUAAAUUAUUUUCAGGUCAAUCUUUUUUAUAUGCUAAUUUAAAGAUAUCAGAUUUAAUUGGUAGAUCAAUUAUAUUAUCAAAAUUAAGAGAUGAAAUUGCAACAGAUUCAUUAUGUGGAGUAAUUGCAAGAUCAGCAGGAGCAUGGGAAAAUGAUAAACAAGUAUGUUCAUGUAGUGGUAAAACAGUAUGGGAAGAAAGAAAAGAUGCCAAAUCAAAAGGUAUUCAUAUAUAA